AUGGACCACGUAGGCAAGAUCUACUCCAUCUCCGGCCCUGUCGUGAUUGCCGAGGAGAUGGAGGGUGUUGCCAUGUACGAGCUCGUCAGGGUCGGUCACGAUAACCUGGUCGGAGAGGUCAUCAGGAUCAGUGCAGACAGAGCAUCGAUCCAGGUCUACGAGGAGACUGCGGGUGUGCAAGUCGGCGAUCCCGUACGACGGACCGGCAAGCCCCUCUCCGUCGAGCUCGGCCCUGGCCUCCUCAACAACAUCUACGAUGGUAUCCAGCGACCACUCGAGAAGAUUUCCGAGAUAUCCAAGAGCAUCUAUAUCCCCCGCGGUAUCUCCGUACCCGCCCUCGACCGGACAAAGAAGUGGGAGUUCACUCCCACCAUGAAGGUCGGCGACCACAUCACGGGAGGCGACGUCUGGGGUACCGUCUUUGAGAACUCCUUCAUCAAGGUCCACAGGAUCCUCUUCCCGCCCCGCGCCCGGGGUACCAUCACCAAGAUUGCCGACAAGGGCGAGUACACAGUCGACGAGAAGAUCCUCGAGGUCGAGUUCGACGGCAAGAAGACCCAGUACGGCAUGAUGCAGACCUGGCCCGUCCGUGUGCCCAGGCCAACCACGGAGAAGCACUCGGCCAACAGCCCGUUCCUCGUCGGCCAGCGUGUGCUCGACGCCCUCUUCCCCAGUGUCCUGGGUGGUACCGUCGCCAUCCCAGGUGCUUUCGGCUGCGGCAAGACUGUCAUCAGUCAGUCAGUGUCCAAGUUCUCCAACAGUGAUAUCAUCGUCUACGUUGGAUGCGGUGAGCGCGGUAACGAGAUGGCUGAAGUCUUGAAGGAUUUCCCCGAGCUGUCUAUCGAGGUCGAGGGUCGCAAGGAGCCCAUCAUGAAGCGCACGACGCUCAUCGCCAACACCUCCAACAUGCCCGUCGCCGCCCGUGAGGCCUCUAUCUACACUGGAAUUACGGUGGCAGAAUAUUUCCGUGAUCAGGGUCUCGACGUCGCCAUGAUGGCCGACUCGUCUUCCCGUUGGGCCGAGGCCCUGCGUGAGCUUUCGGGUCGUCUUGGAGAGAUGCCUGCGGACCAGGGUUUCCCGGCCUAUCUGAGUACCAAGCUGGCCAGCUUCUACGAGCGUGCCGGCAAGGUUCAAGCCCUCGGCUCACCGGAGCGAGACGGCAGUGUCAGCAUCGUCGGAGCCGUCAGCCCCCCCGGUGGUGAUUUCUCCGACCCGGUCACGACGUCCACCCUGGGUAUCGUGCAGGUCUUCUGGGGUCUGGACAAGAAGCUCGCCCAGCGCAAGCAUUUCCCGUCCAUCAACACGUCCGUGUCGUACUCCAAGUACACCAUGGUGCUGGACAAGUGGUACGAGAAGGAGUACCCCGAGUUCCCGCGGCUGCGCAACAGCAUCAAGCAGCUGCUGUCCAACUCGGAGGAGCUCGACCAGGUCGUGCAGCUGGUGGGCAAGGCGGCGCUGUCGGACCCGGACAAGAUCACGCUCGACAUGGCCACGCUGAUCAAGGAGGACUUUUUGCAGCAGAACGGCUACAGCGACUACGACCAGUUCUGCCCCAUCUGGAAGACGGAGUGGAUGAUGCGCCUCAUGAUGGGCUUCCACGACGAGGCGCAGAAGGCCAUCUCGCAGGGCCAGUCGUGGGCCAAGGUCCGCGAGGCGACGCAGGAGCUGCAGGGCCAGCUGCGGAGCCUCAAGUUUGAGGUGCCGACCGAGGGCCAGGAGAAGAUUUGCAAGAAGUACGAGGCCAUACAGCAGGCCAUGCUGGACAAGUUUGCAUCAGUUAUGGACGAGUAA